AUGGCUCCAUCAAUUCUAGAGAACAGCACUUUUACUCCUUACGCAAGCAAUGCAUCUUCUUCCACAUCAUCCAUGGCACUCGAGACUACGAAGCAUUCACCCUCAAAAAGAGGAUGCCUUGAAUUGUUAUUGUCGGAAAAAUCAGAGGCUCUUGAAGACGUGUUGAAGACAGAAACCCAAGGUGUUAGCUGCAAUGGAGAUUCUAUUGGUUUGGACAAUGCAUUUAAAAUUUUGCAGCUAGCUUGGGCACUCACCACUCGUUGUUUUACCUCUACAAAUUCCCUCCUAUUUGAAUCUGACACCGACUUGGGCUUAUCAAGCCUGAGGGAAUUUUCGACUGGACAGGGAGCACAGCAUGGAAAUGGGCUGUUAACCAUCGAACCUGAUGACACUUUGCGACAAGUCCUAGACAAGCUGGAAACCGUAGAGCGGGGAAUUCGUCAGCGUGCAGUAUCCAACCAAGACGGUCAUAUCGGGACUGAGGUUUUGAAUGACCUCUAUACGACGGCUUUUAGGUAUCGAAACGCGUCAACGUCAAUUUUGGAUAUUAAUCUUAAGGUGGACGUGUUCCUCGACAUUGCGAAAACGAAGGAUGACUGGUUGUACGCUCAGCUCUUUUUUUCGAGCCAGACCAUCUCAGAACCACUUGCGUCAAGUGUCCUACAUACGUUCAACCAAGUUUUAAGAUCGAUACGUAUGUCAUCGGAUCUAGCAGUGGGGGAAGUUAACAUGUGCUCUCCACAUGAUCGAGAACAUAUUUCUCAGUUAACCAGCCAUGUCUCUGACUCCUAUGAGCGGUGUCUUCAUGACAUGGCUCUCGAAUACAGUCGGACUAACCCUGGCGCGAUGGCGGUUGUUUCAUGGGACGGUGACCUGACCUACGGAGAGCUAGACGACUUGACAUCAAGACUCUCCCAUCGCCUGGUUGAGUUAGGCGUGGGCCCCGAAGUCUUCGUCCUCAGCUGUUUCAAAAAGUCAACAUGGGCCAUUGUCUCAAGAUUAUCAAUUCUACGGGCUGGUGGAGCCUAUAUCUCGAUUGAUGCUGCUGACCCUCCAGCCUAUUUAAACUCCGUUAUCCAGCGUGCCAAACCAAAGGUGAUGCUUACUGUUGCCGAAUUCUCCCAGCAAUUCCAAGGGCUUGUUCCGAGCAUCAUUGAGUUGUCCAGAGAGGGGAUUCUGAAUCUUCCAAAAAAAGUCGAGCCAGCCUGUACCACUGUACGACCCAAUAACGCGUGUUUAAUCUUAUUCACGUCGGGUAGUACCGGAGAACCGAAAGGAAUUAUUCAAGAGCACCGAACCUAUGCUACUGCCGUUCGAGACUACGCUCGGAUCCUGGGUUUGGAUACAACCACUCGGAUGUAUCAGUUCGAUGACUAUGCCUUCGACAUCAGUAACAACGACUAUCUUGUCCCACUCUCGGUUGGGGGUUGUUGCUGCGUUCCCCACCCGCAGAAGGCGAUUCACGUUUUGACGAAGCACAUGAACGACCUGGGGGUAAAUGUUUCAUUCCUUACUCCGACAGUUGCCAUUCAAUUUGGUCCUGAGGACGUCCCCGGUUUGAAAACACUUUGCGUUGGCGGCGAACCACCAUCGAAUGACCUGUUAGCUAAAUGGGCAGGAAAAGUGAAACUCGUAAAUCAAUAUGGCAUGGGUGAGGUCGCAACCUUUUGUACAUACAACGAUAACAUGGGCCUGGGCAGUGGUACGAAUAUUGGGCGUACGGGAACAGGUGCUGCUUGGGUUGUUUCCCCGUCAUCUCCGGACUGCCUCAUGCCCGUUGGUUCUAUCGGGGAAAUGAUAAUGGAAGGUCCUCACCUUGCCCGGGGGUAUCUUGACCAAAUUCCCAGGAAAUCUGAAGCCGGCUUCCUACAAUAUACUCCAAAAUGGCUCCACGAAUUGCAUCCCGAGAGAACACUCUCCGCUAGAUUGUAUCGGUCCGGGGAUCUUGUGAAAUAUAACCAUGACGGCACAUUAACCUAUAUUGGACGAAAAGAUACCCUACUGAAGAUUGACGGUGGCAGAGUUGACGCCAUCGAAGUCGAAUACACUGCAAGGAAGUGUCUGUCUCCAGGAGAUUCCAUCGUGGUGGACUUACUUGGUGCCAUCGACGGUGUGGAGAGUCCAAUCCUUACAGCGUUUCUUUACCUCGCAGUCAAUCCCAUGAACUUGGGCAGCAAAGCUGGUCCUAACGAGCCAAUUACCUUUCGAAUGAUUAACGAGAACCAUAACGCAUAUUCCAGAGUCGAAUUAAUCAAGCAGGUGAUUGGCACAUCACUGCCAGACAUUCAAAUACCAACUCUCUUCCUGCUUGUCGACCGGAUACCACAUACAAAGUCGAACAAGACUGAUCGGCGGAAGUUGCACAUGUUGGGCCAAAAUUACUACAUGCCAAUGAGAGAAGCACUCAACGGAGGAGCAACUACAAAGCCAGUCACCCAAGCCCAUAAAGAAGCUCCCGUGAAUACCAGCAAUAGUGCAAACAGGGCAAAGAAACGUCAGGUUCGUGAAUUGGGUGAUGAAGAAUUAAAAUCCAAGACACAAAACCAAAUGUGCUGA